GGUUAAAAUCCGUUACUCCCUGAAGGCGGUCGCGCUACAGUUUUUAGUUCAAAACCAUAAAGUUGCUUUUUGCUGGAGAAAAGAGAGUGGACGCAAGGCCCAGUCUAAAAGGGGGUAGCAUGUCCAGCAGUGCAUUUCUACCCAGACUUCCUAGGCUUUCACUACAAUCGAGCUAUUGGCCACCUACCCCGGGGAGGAAGCAGAAAAGUUGAAAGGACAAAGAUCAUCGCCUGCUAUUCAGGAUUCCCCAAUUCUUCCGUAAACUCUGUCCACACACAAAUGACCCAUGAGUCGGGAAUUAACGCGUGGCAUCCUUCCCCAGGGCGUCCACUUUCGGGGUGGGGAGUAUCAUUUUGCUGGAAGGGUGGCUGUCCUUUUUGAAAAUGCUUAAGUCUAAACUUGAUUAGGAAACACGGCGGUAAGUGCUUUACCCUCCAUGAAUAAAUGGUAAAUAUUUGGAGGUACGGAGUAUAUAUAUGAAGGCUUCUAUGCCCUUUCUCUUCUUGUCACAGAUCGUCUUCAUUCCAUCGGGCUCCGCUUCCCCCUUCAUCUCCUCUCUACAAUUUUGCUUUUAUUUCAUCUUCACGCCGACGACCAUGGCUAUCAUGGCGGAAAAGGGGGCUCCGAGCCAGGCGCUCGUGGCUCGACAGAAUGCAGCAAAAGCCCAUGGUCUCAUGGGCAUGCUGAAGAAUCCUUAUGUAUUCAUGACAUGUUUGUUCGCAUCACUGGGUUGUAUGAUGUAUGGUGAGUACAAUCAUUCCCAUAACCCGUGUCUGCCGGAGGAAUUGAGCGUUGGGCUAAUAUUUGCAUAACAGGUUACGAUCAAGGAGUAAUGUCCCCAAUACUGGUUAUGGAGAACUUCGAGAAUGAAUUCCCAACUCUCACAUCAUCGACCACUCAAGGGUGGCUCGUUGCUUCCCUUGAACUUGGUGCAUGGUUCGGUGCUCUGUUCAACGGAUACCUCGCGGAUAAAAUCUCAAGAAAAUAUAGUAUGAUGGUCGCCGUUUUAAUCUUCACACUCGGCACAGGUCUUCAAACUGGGGCACGAAAUCCAUCAUAUUUCUUCGGUGGCCGUAUCAUUGGUGGUGUGGGUAUUGGUAUGUUCUCUAUGGUUAUUCCAUUGUACCAAGCAGAAAUUGCACCCCCAGAACUUAGAGGAUCCUUGGUUUCACUUCAACAACUCUCCAUUACCAUUGGAACUACUAUUGCUUUCUGGCUUGACUUCGGUUUUUCCUUCUCCGGUGGAAACAAGUGCAAGCCAGAGGGUAUCACAAACCCAUACCUUCCUGAUGGCACUUAUAAUGCUGCCGCGAACCACGGACAUCCUUGCACUGGUCAAAAUCAAAUUGCCUGGAGAGUUCCAUUGUCAUUACAAUUGAUCCCUGCAUGGACUCUUUUCAUUGGAAUGUUUUUCUUCCCAUUCUCCCCAAGAUGGUUGAUGCUGAAGCAUCGUGAGGAAGAAGCCAUUGCAUCCCUCUGCAAACUCAGACGUCUCGACGCCAAUGACCCAUUAUUGCGAGCUGAAUUCCUCGAGAUUAAGGCAGCUGUCAUGUUCGACGAGGAGACUCAAGCUGAGCAAAUUGGAAAUGGUGGAAUUUUUGCCCCAUGGAAAGCAUUAUUCGCACCCCAUGUGUUCAAGAGAAUCUUCCUUGGAUGUGCUAUGAUGGUUUUCCAACAGUUUACCGGUAUUAAUGCCGUUUUGUACUAUGCUCCUCAAAUUUUCUCCAGUUUCGGCUUCUCCAGCACUACCACCACUCUACUAGCUACUGGAGUCACGGGUAUCUUGCAAGUCAUCUUUACUCUACCGGCGGUUCUGUACCUCGAUAAAUUCGGCCGUAAGACUUUUCUUAUUGCUGGUGCCAUCGGUAUGUGCAUCUGCCACGUCGUUGUAGCUUCCAUAGAAGGUGUUUACGAAGACCAAUGGAACCGUAAUGAAGGUCUUGCUGUCACACAAGGAUGGGUCGCCAUCGUGUUCAUUUGGUUAUUUGCAGUUAACUUUGCCUACUCUUGGGGACCAGUCACCUGGGUUCUUGCUCAGGAGAUCUUCCCGGCCAGCGUUAGAUCUCGUGGUGUCUCUCUUGUUGCAUCAACCAACUGGAUGUUCAACUUCGUCAUCGGCUUGACCACUAAAGACAUGCUGAAGUCUAUGAAGUACGGUACAUACAUCUUUUUCGCUGUAUUUAGUGCUGGGGGUGGCUUCUUCAUCUGGAAAUUCUUCCCAGAAACAAAGGACAAGACAUUGGAGGAACUCGAUGUGUACUUUGGCGGUAGCAUUGACAGUAUUGCGGCUGCAGACAAGGCAAGAAUGCAAAGUAUCAACGAGAGGCUCGGCCUCGCCAAUGCUGAGAAUCCUGAAGAUAUUAAGAUGAUGAAUGAGGAGAAGGUUGCUGCAACUAUCCACCAAGAAUUGUAAAGAUAGAAGUGCGGUGCAAUCUCGUGGGACAUGCAUUGUGGCGAAUAGUCUACUUGAUAUGAUAAUGAUUAGCAUUCAUAAUGGAAUAAUGA